UAUCACAGUAGUAUAACUACUCCCAACCUAAUUACUCUAUAAGUUUCUUUCAUCUUCGUUUCGUUCUAUGUUGUUAGGGUUUCUUCAGGGAGAGAGAUUAAAACGAAAUCUGUUUGUUCAUUGGUUUCUGAUCAAUUAUGUCGGGUAAGAAAGUGACCUUGAAGGGUUCUGACGGAGAGACCUUCGACGUCGAUGAGGCGGUUGCUCUCGAGUCUCAGACCAUCAAGCAUAUGAUUGAAGAGGAUUGUAUCGACAACGGAAUCCCCUUGCCCAACGUUACCAGCAAGAUUUUAUGCAAGGUCAUCGAGUACUGUAAAAAGCACGUCGAGACUCCCAGGACCGAUGAUCGUACUGCCGAUGAAGAGCUCAAGAACUGGGACGCUGAGUUCGUCAAGGUUGAUCAGGCUACUCUUUUCGAUCUAAUCCUGGCUGCAAAUUACUUGGACAUUAAAAGCCUGCUGGAUUUGACAUGUCAAACAGUAGCAGAUAUGAUAAAAGGAAAGACUCCGGAAGAAAUCAGAAAGACAUUCAACAUCAAGAAUGACUUUACCCCCGAGGAGGAGGAGGAAGUGAGAAGGGAGAACCAAUGGGCCUUCGAAUGAUGCUAAGACCUUUGUCUUCUGUGGUGUGAUGGAAGUUGAUAUUAUGGAUUCAGGUGGUAGAUAGCAGCAACUGAUCUCUUCAUCUCUUGUCUCUAAUCUGCUAUUUUCUAUACAAAUAUUUUAGUGGGUACAAUAUAUGAAAUGUAUAUACUUGUUGGCUUUCUUUUAGCUUCUCUUCAUAUUUCCUACGAACCUCGAGUCAACCACCUUUUAUCCCUCUCCUUGAUUAGUUGUUAGUGCUGUUUGUGUAUCUUGCUUCUUUUGUGAUUAUUAAGGUUGUGUUUGGUACUUCUA